GAGAAUGUCGUUGCACGUUUUUCCGCAAUAAAAAAUCAAAGGCGAACAUUCUAGCUUAUGAAAGAAAAUACUGGGGAUUCCUCUCCCUACGGAAGAGAGCAGCCCAUUCUGGUCCCUCUUCCCCACACUCUCAGAAUCUGCCUUCUAUCUUCUUCCAACAGGGAUUGAUUAGCACAAGACAAUAUGCAGAGGGGAAGAGAAGGUCGAGAUGAUUUCUUCCAUUCAGGUGACCUGUUUGGUAGUUUUCGGGGCUUUGGAUCCCAUAGAAGUAUGAUGCCUAGCCUUUUUGGAGAAAGGGAUCCAUUUGAUGAUCCCUUUUUCAUUCGCCCCUUUGGAAGCUUGUUUGAUUCUGGCAGGUUUGGUUCAAGUGCUGCAACCAAUGGGAAGGAUCAGACCAGUAGAGCAACAAGAAUAGUAAUAGAAGAGCUAACCUCUGAUGAUGAGGGACUGAAUGAGGAAGAUGAAGGCACUGGGGUUGAGAAGGAUAAUAAUCAUCAAAAGCAUUCUCGGCCAAGCAAAGAACCAUCUGUUGAGCAUCCAGAUGAUGACACCGAUGAGACAAAGAGCAAGAGUUUGAUUUGUGGAAAUGACCAUAGCAAGGUUGAAGGGGAACAUUCCCAGGCUAGCAGAGUCGGUGUUCAGACUUGUAGAGUCACAUAUGGUGGUGUUAAUGGAGCAUAUUACACAUCUACUAGAACCACAAAGACAGGCACUGAUGGAGUGGUGCUUGAGGAGACUAAAGAAGCAGAUAGAGCAACAGGUCAAGCAAAACAUAGGAUCUCUAGAGGAAUUCAUGACAAGGGUCACUCAGUUACAAGGAAGCUCAAUUCAGAUGGUAAGAUGGAAACAUUGCAAACUUUACACAAUCUAAAUGAAGAUGAGCUUGCUGGUUUUGAAGAAGCUUGGAAAGGUAAUGCUAAAGGGAAUUUGCCUGGCGGGGAAGAUGGAUUUCAUAUGCAUGGCAAUGCAGGUUCUAGUAGCAGUAAACAGGAGAAGCCAGGUUGGGGAGGUUGGGCCCUCCCAUCUGUAGAGGAGCUCUGGAAAGCUGGAGGAAUGGGACCAGACAAUGAAGGCAGGAACAAUUUUUCUGCUGGGAGAACCAAAAAGGUUUUUGGGACAGACAAGUGGUACUGGUUUAUCCUUGCUUAUUUGAAAGAGGAUAUACGACGGAUGCCGGCGCUGCAGGGGCUUGAAUAUCCGUCAAAGCCCGACUUUGAUUCCCACGAGUUCUAAGAAUCACCGGUGUCACAUUUCAAUAAAUCCAGAAUCCGGCCUUAGUGAGAGGGCAGAUCAAGGAAAAAGCAUGUGGCCUUGUGGGCGGCGGAAUAGUGAGGAUAGGCUCGAAGGGCUAGUGUUUAUUUCAUGUUUUUAAUCAUGAUAUAUUGGGAAGUUAUGGAAGUGUAAGAUAAGGGCAGCAAGUUUUUCAUGUAGGCUUUGUUGUAUGGUUGAUUGAAUCUCAGUGGCUUCAGCACAUGUUAGAGAUAGCCAAUCAAGUGUUCGCUUGUUAGCAACAUGCAUGCCAGAAUGAAUUUGGAUCCUCUUUCCUCCUA